AUGUCCAAAAUAUUUUGCCAUAAUUACGGGUUGCAGCUGUCAUGUGCGCAAAUAAAACAGUUCGUGGACGGACAUAACGUACGCCGGCAAAGGGUGGCGCGCGGCGUCGUGCCGCGCCAGCCUACGGCCGCCAACAUGAUAUACAUGGUGUGGGACGAAGAACUAGCAGAAAAAGCAGCGAGAUGGGCUGAAAAUGGAAUCUUUGGCCAUAAUCCAGUUAAGACCGUUGGCUCACAAAGAUGGGGCCAGAUUGGUGAAAAUGUCUUUAUAAACACGUUGCCGAGGCCGUUCUAUGUGCCAGUUAUUCCGAAUAUCGAGGAAGCCCUGGACAGCUGGUUUGACGAGCACGCAAAUUAUGGAUUUGAGCCAUACAGCCUCGCUACGCCGCGACCUAUUGGUCACUACACGCAAAUGGUGUGGGCCGAGUCUACCCAUGUCGGCUGUGGGAUCUCACAGAAGAAAGAGAACGGUUGGACCACUACGUUGACUGUUUGUAAUUACGCCCCCACGUAAGUUACACCUUAUUA